UUUAAAGGGGCGCAGCGCCUUCAGCAACCGGAGAAGCUUCGUUGCACGCGACCUGGUGUGUGAUCUCUGAGUGGGUGGGGGAGGUUCGAGGAGGAGAAAAAAAUAAGACAUUGCACUAGAAAUCCGGGAAGGGUUUUUGUUGUUGUUUAGUUUGCCAUUGCCUCCUCCAACCCUACGCCUCCGAGCCUCUGCAGUGCAAUGUCCCGCCUGCUGCAUGCAGAAGAGUGGGCUGAAGUGAAGGAGUUGGGGAACCACCAUCGCCAUCCCCAGCCGCACCACCUGCCGCAGCCGCAGCCUCCACAGCCACCUGCGACCCUGCAGACGAGAGAGCAUCCCGUUUACCCGGCCGAGCUGUCCCUCCUGGACAGUACCGACCCACGCGCCUGGCUGGCUCCCACUUUGCAGGGCAUCUGCACGGCACGCGCCGCCCAGUACUUGCUGCAUUCUCCGGAGCUGGGUGCCUCCGAGGCCGCGGCGCCCCGGGAAGAGGCGGACGGCCGGGCGGACCUGGUGAGGAGGAGCGGCGGUGGAGGCGGCGGCCACAGCAGCAAAAGCCCCGGGCCGGUGAAAGUGCGGGAACAGCUAUGUAAGCUGAAAGGCGGGGUGGUGGUAGACGAGCUGGGCUGCGGCCGCCAGCGCGCCCCUUCCAGCAAACAGGUGAAUGGAGUGCAGAAGCAAAGGCGGCUGGCGGCCAACGCCAGGGAGCGACGCAGGAUGCACGGGCUGAACCACGCCUUCGAUCAGCUGCGCAACGUUAUCCCGUCCUUCAACAACGACAAGAAGCUGUCCAAGUACGAGACCCUGCAGAUGGCCCAGAUCUACAUCAACGCCUUGUCUGAGCUGCUGCAAACGCCUAACGGCGGGGAGCAGCAUCCGACACCGCCGCCAGCAUCUUGCAAGAACGACCACCACCACCUUCGCUCCUCUGCCACCUACGAAGGCGGCGCCGGCACUGCGACCGCAGCGGGGGCACAGCCAGCCUCAGGAGGAAUCCAGCGUCCGACCCCACCUGGAAGUUGCCGGACUCGCUUUUCGGCCUCGGCCUCCGCAGGAUACUCGGUGCAGCUGGACGCUCUGCACUUCUCGACUUUCGAGGACAACGCCCUGACGGCGAUGAUGGCGCAAAAAAACCUGUCGCCUUCACUGCCCGGUGGCAUUCUGCAGCCAGUGCAGGAGGAAAGUAGCAAAACUUCGCCUCGGUCCCACAGAAGCGAUGGGGAGUUUUCCCCCCAUUCCCAUUACAGUGACUCUGAUGAGGCAAGUUAGGAAAGUGACAGAAACUCUGAAAACAGAGACAGAAACAAAAUCGCCCCUCUCAGUGCGUGGGAAGCCCCGCAGUUAAAGUUCCCCGCACCCUUUUAAUUUUUGCCUUGUGAUGGUCGUUGUUUAGCAACGACUUGGCUUCAGAUGGCAGCUAUGGUUAAUGGUUUGCAAAAAGCCUCCGCUAUUCCAAACUUCCUAACGUUUAAAACUGUUUGAUGAAAACUUGCUAUUAAAGUUGUGUUCUUUGCUCCUUCUGCCCCCCCGACCCCCGUAGUUUAAAAAGGUAUGAUUUUAUGUACCCAUUUAUGGCAUCAUUAUUCUAGUUACCUGCUGCCAAUACGCUGCUAAAACGUCGCAUCUUCUCUGUCGCUGGUUUGUGUUUAACUUAUUUUGUGCCCUGGGUGUCCAUCCCUGUGUGUUGCGCGCACUCAUGUGUGGGAGUUAGUGUUCAGAAGUUAUUUCCCAAAAUGAAGUAUGAAACAAGAGUUAAUGCUUCCAAAUUAAAAAACUUUUGACUCGGGAAUUGUUAAAAAAAAAAACCACAGGGAACUUUUAGUUUUAUAUAUUGUAUAAACAUACCCACUAUGUAUAUCGGAUCGCGAAAAUGUUGGCGUCUUUUAGGAAACUUGGCGCACGCACUUUAUCAGUCGCUACUGCUGCGGCUCUGGGACAAACACUGCCAACUGCAGACCAGUUUUGUGUUUGUUUGUUUGUUUGUUGUUCUUUUUUAAAACGGCCAUUUAUAAUCCUUAAGCUCUUUGCAAGUGUUUAAAAAAUGCAAAUAAAAAAACACACCCGGUAGUGUCAAAAGCAUUGUUUUUCUUGGUUAAUGUUAGAAAAUUUAUUUAUUAUUGAUUGUUUGCUACCAUUUCUACUUACCUUGAUUCAUUUUUUAUGUUUUCUACUCGAGAUCAUUUUAUUUUAAUUUAGCAAAGCCAACUGCCAUUGUUUUAUGUAUUUCCUUUUGCAAAUGAUAAAAAUAAACGUGCAAAUAAC